CAGUGUUAGACGCUUGUUUCAUUUACAGCCUCUCUAACAGAUGUUUUUAAUAUAUUUUGUAAAUUUAACUUUGUUUUCUAGAAAUGUCUAAUACAACUGAUAGUUAUCAUAGAGGAACUCUUAAAUCAAACGUGAUGUAGCUAACUGAACAAUAGGUGUUAUUCAGUGAUUGUGCCAGUACUACUCGUUCAAAGCAAUAUGUAACAAAGAGCUGUAAGCUGAUAAGUAAUCGUGCAUUUGCUCUCGGAUAUCUUUUCAAUUCCUGGCAUCUCGUCCGUAUAUAAAAGCAUUGCACUUCUGAUGGAAAUUUAGCAGAGUCUCAACAUAAUGUCUGCGAAAACGUCACAUAAGGCGCCCGCGUGGCUGACAGAGGAAUACGUUGAGAAAAGGUUAAGAGUCUACUUUAAGAAUGAAACCUUGAAUGUGGAUAUUAAGCCGGCGAUAGCAAGUGGAGAAAACUAUGCUAGUGUGAUGACCCGCAUCUAUGUGGACUACACCACGAGUGACUCAAAGCAUAAACAGGCAGUAACUUUUUUAGUGAAAACCACCUUUGCUGACAAAGAUCCCGUGUCCCAUAUACUGUUAAACUACGGAAUCUACACGAGAGAGAUGGACAUAUACGAAAGGAUCCUGCCCCGUUUGGCAGAUAUAGUCAAGAAUGAGCUGCGUGAUUCGCGGAAGCUGUUUGCAGCUACUGUGAAUGUAGAUUGUGAGAGGGACUCCAUUGUAUUCGAGGAUCUUUCGCUGGAGAAGUACAAGGUGGCCUGCAGGGUAAAGAAAUUGGAUUUGGAACACGUCCAUUUGGUUCUCGAGAAACUGGCUAAUUUUCAUGCCGCUGGAGCAGCUCUAGCUGAAAGGCAACCUGGUAUCUUUGAGAAGAACUAUGAUCGAGGAUUCUUUAACAAACAUGUUCGGAGUUACGAACCCAUCAUGAAGAAUAUUCUGAUAGCGUUGUCUCAUACCCUAGAGUUGAAUCCGGAUCUUAAAGAGCGUUACAAAACAAAGAUUGACCGUCUAAUUGAUAACGUAAUGGACUACGGCGAGCGCUCGACAUCUCUUAGUCCCGGGGACUUUGUGACCCUGGCUCAUGGAGAUAUUUGGACUACCAAUGUUAUGUUCCAGUACGAUGACCAAGGACAUCCGAUAAAUGCUAUUCUUAUUGACUUCCAGUUCAGCGUUUGGAACUCUCCGGCCAUAGACCUGCACUACUUCUUUUCGACCUCUAUUCAUGAAAAUCUUCGUCUGCAGCAUCAGACGGAAUUGGUCCAAUUUUACUACUAUAAACUUGCAGAGGCCUUGAAAAAGGUAAAAUACUUGGGUAAAGUUCCUAGUUUAUUUGAGUUCCAGCAUCAGUUCCGGUCCAAAGCUUUUUAUGCUGUAUUUGCAUCUCUCAUUUUUGAGCCUACCAUGGUGUAUAAUGGCAAGGAGGAGCUAUCCAUACAGAACUUUAUGAGCAACGAUGAAAAAUGUGAACGGUUAAGAGACGCAGUUUACCAGACGGAGGAAAACCAAAAGAAAUUGCGCCUGUCUUUGCCUUUCUUUGAUCAAUUGGGACUGUUAGACGAUAUGUAAAAAAAAA